UUUGAGGGUUGAUUCGAGUAAUCAAUACAAAAAGGGUUUAUUAAGAGAGAAUCAACCCUUGGGUUUAUCAGUUUGCAACGUAUAACAAACCCUUCUUGGGUUUUUCAGGAAAAAAAGGUUUAUCAAGGGGUAGAGCAUGUUGAUAAACGAAUUUUUCCGUUAUAAACCAUUUUUGAGGGUUUAUUAUUCUCCGAAAUUUUUUUUCAGUGUAUCACGAACUCUAUAUUCAAAAAGUUACUUUUAGUAUAGCCCUAUUUAGUCCUAUCUCUUAGGGAUCAGUCAACUAGCUCAAGCUCACAAACUCUAAUGAAAUGAGUGAUAUACCUGCUCCUGUGAGAAGAACUGGUUAAUAUGAAAGGAUACCUAUUAUUUCUAUAUCCCUAUCAAUAUGAAUAAUAUAAAUCGCUGAAGGAUACCCUAGUAGUGAUACUAAUGAUUCGUUAAAAGUACUGUACCUAGAAUACCAGUAAUCCUUUCGAAGCAUCCUGGCAGUAUAUUAGAGAUUCUUUUGAUAUACUAUGCAGGAUAUAAUAGUGAGUCUGUAGAGAUACUCUGGUGUACCACUGGGGAUCCCUUAUUGCCUCUCUAGAUUAGAUAAUAUGAAUUGCGCAGAAAUACGUUACGAGGGGGGGAUGAUCUGAGGUUCUCUUAACGAUACUAUAGAACUGAUAGUGAAAAUUUCUUAGGAUUACUGCAUGAAGGGUAUAUCGGAUCCACAAAAUACUCGUGCAGAAUCGCGAAUAUUAUGCUCUCGAGAACAACUCCAAGAGACUACUUGUAUUAUACUUAAGCAAUCUUAAGGGACUAUAGCAUUCCUUGAGGCAGAGAUUGUGAAAGAUCUACGUCUACGCCCAAAACCUCAAUUUCAUUUCUCUAAAAUAGAAUCGACUACAACCUCAAUAACAACCACAACCACAACAUCAACAUCAACAUCGACAUCAACAACAACAUCAACAACGUCAACAACCACCUCAACAUCAACGACAACAUCAGCAACAUCAACGACAUCAACAACAUCCACAUCAACAACAACAUCAACAUCAACAACAACAACAACAUCAACAACGUCAAGAACCACCUCAACAACAACGUCAACGACAACAUCAACAACCACGACAACAACCACAUCAACAUCAACAACAAUAUCGACGACAACGUCAACAACAACAGCCGGUCAGUAA